AUGCUGUCUAUGGCUGCUGUCUCGACAGCUCAGCCUUCGCUAUGGGCCCGAGCCAUUUCCGACUAUAAGUGCGGAGACCAAACUAUCACUGCCGCCCAAAUUACCGCCUCCAUAGCACAAUCUCGUGUCAUUGCUGCUAGGCCACCAGGGCCCAAUGGUGAACGCCCUGCUUACCCAAAAACAUUUGGAAACAACUGUGUGGGCGGCAAGUGCUUCAAUGUUGCCGAUACUUUGACAGAAUUCCCCAUUACCACACCUGUUUGGGACAAUGCUCGACCUGGCCGAUUCCGCGUCAUCACGCGUGCUCAAGGCUUUGUCGGCGUUACAGACAAGGUGGAUGGUAGGAUUGGACAGGUUCAGCGAUGCGAAACUGUAGGUGCGGCGGCAACCAGGGAGAAGAAGGAGGCCAAAGAGAAAGAAGAGCAGGAAAGGGCGGCUAAGGACAAGGCUGCCAAGGAUAAAGAGAUCCGAGAGAAGGCUAUCAAGGACAAGGAGGCAAAAGAGGCGGCAGCUAGGGAGCAGGCGUUGAAGAAUAAAGCGGCAAAAGAGCAAGCAGAAAAGGAUAAGGCAGCCAAGGAUAAGGCCAAGAACAAGAAUAAUGGCCAGGGAUCUGGUACUGGCAAAGACAAGGGCAAAGGCAAAGGAAAGGGAAAAGGAAAAGGCAAGGUUUAA